AUGGGAUUCAAUACCGUACCUAGCGAGCCCUCGAGAGGCGUGGGGAAGGGCCAAAUGGACACGGCUGCGUGUGUCGACCGCCUGGCCCUGCUCCGGAGCAUGCCCCAGGCGCCCCUUGAGUGUCAGGUUUGUGUUGUCGGGGCAGGCCCAGCCGGCCUGAUGCUGGCAUGUAACCUUGUCCGGUUCGGUAUCAAGGUGGAAGUGGUGGAUGAUCGGGCGGACCAAACAUCGGUGGGAAGAGCCGACGGUCUGCAGCCAAAGUCAAUCGAGACCUUUCGGCAAAUGCGGCUGGCGGACCCCCUUCUGCAACGCGGCGUCCGGGUCUACAGCAUUUCCUUUUGGCAGAGCACCGCCGACACACCACUCAAACGCCUUGGCCGCGAAGUCCACUACCCGCCCUUCGUUGAUGUGAUAGACCCUUACGUCUUGCUGGUACACCAGGGAGUGGUUGAGAGCGUGUUCAUCGACGACUUGAAGAAGCGCGGCAUCGAGAUCCGCAGGAACACGGCCUUCGACUCGUACAGCGUGUGCGACGAUAAUCGCGGGUUUCUCCAGAUCAACUGCCGGACAAACGUGAACCAAGUGCCCAGGUCUCUUCUCACGCGGUAUCUCGUUGGAUGUGACGGUGCCCAUUCCAAGGUCAGAGGAUGCAUUCCAGGUGCUACGUCUGACGGAAUCUCGCAACCUGCGCUCUGGGGUGUGCUAGACGGCGAGGUGGACACCGAUUUUCCUGACAUCUGGUCCAAGGCUUUGGUGCAAUCGGAGAAAUACGGUUCAAUCAUGGUUAUUCCACGGGAGCGUAACGUGACGCGCUUCUACGUCGAGCUUAAAAACUCGCCCAAGGCAGAUAAGAAUCAGCUUGACGAGGAGGCCGUCAUGCAACGCGCCAGGGAGAUAAUGGCUCCCUUUCGGCUCGAGUGGGAUAACAUUGAGUGGUUCGGCCGUUAUCAGGUCGGCCAGCGUAUUGCCCACCGAUUCUGCGACGACCAUCAGCGGGCCUUCAUCGCCGGAGACGCCAGCCACACGCACUCGCCAAAGUCUGCCCAGGGAAUGAACACAUCAAUGCACGAUGCCUGGAACCUGUGCUGGAAACUCAACCUUGCCAUUCGAGGCCUUGCUAAACCCGUGUUACUUCAAAGUUACGAAUCGGAGCGGAGGAAGAUUGCCCUCGAUUUGGUCAACUUCGACUACGAACACGCAAUCCGGGUCGCCAAAGGAGAUCCCGUCGCGCUUUCUGAGAAUUUCAGGACUAAUACGCGCCUUAUCUCUGGCGUUGGAGCCGAUUACGGCGAGAACGCCAUCAACAUGAAGGAGCCCAUCCCAAACUUCAUCGGCAAACUCCAACCGGGUUCGCUCCUACCUCCGGGCAAAGUCAGACGCUACAUUGACUCCAAUCCAGUUGAUAUCCAGCUCGAUAUUCCAAUGCUUGGUCAAUUCCGCAUCUAUGUAAUAGUGUGGGAUGUCAACCAGUCGGUCGUCUUCUUCGAUGCCUUCUGCCGGGCUAUCACCUCACCCAACUCUCUCCUCAGCCAACUUUCCGCGGCAGCACGUGCAUCAUACACUCAGCAACCGCGCAUGCCGGCCCCCGAGGACAUUUACCUCCGCCCAGAGCGCUACACGGCUGUCAGCCACCUCUUCACGUUUGCACUCAUCACAACAAUGCCUCAAGGAGAAGUCGAAAUCCAAGACCUGCACCCGCUCUUCCAAGAUAGCCGCUGGACCUUUUAUUUGGAUGACGUCCCCCAGCAGGACACGUGUCGCAUGCGCUGCACCGAUAAGUGGAUCGGCAACGCUCUCCCGGGCGAGGUGACCAUUGUGAAUGUGCGCCCCGACGGCUAUGUCGGCUCGAUCGGCCAGUGGGAUAUAAACGUUGAAGAUUCCGGGGAGAAGGCCGCCAGGUGGCUGGAUCAAUACUACUCACGGUUUUUGCAGGUGCCCGUGGUGAUGCAGGCUCAAGCUUGA